GUCCAGGGGAGCCGCAUCCGGUCAGCGGGUUUGCUGGCUUGCUUGCCCACUCGCUCCUCGCAGUCGCACAGCAGACUCGUGGACGCCGCACUGCAGCAGUCCAGCCUCCAGGCCGCAGUCUACCUCGACAUCCCCUCCCGCUCGCCCGCUCGCCACGGCCGGGCCACCCCGCCGGCCGGAUCUGGGCCACCUCCGAAUUACCCCAGAUCCGCCUCCCCCUCUCCGAGCUUGAGAUCGAUUGCACAUGCUCGGGUAGGGCUUUCCCUCCGUUCCGUGGGCUGCGGUGGCGGCCGCUGCCGUCCGGUGGGCGCCGCCGCCAUCUUAGACUCUUAGACGAGCCUCUGAGGUCACAGGUGCUGCCCCUCCAUCGCCGCCGCGGUUUUCUGUCCGUGGCCAUCCUAAUUUCUCUUGGGGUUGAGUGGUGUGCUAGUGAUGGCAGAAGCUCAGGAUGGCCAUUAUGAUUCAACGUCACAGUCCACAGACAGCUUGCGUGUUGAGCCUAUAUAUGAGUCAUUCCUGUGCCCUCUCACUAAACAAGUUAUGCGGGAUCCUGUCACUAUUGAGAGUGGUGCCACAUUUGAACGUGAAGCCAUUUUGAAAUGGUUCAAUGAAUGUCAUAGCAGUGGAAGGACGCUUGUCUGCCCUGUGACUAGGAAAGAGCUCAUCAGCACUGAGUUGAAUCCAAGUAUUGCUUUGAGGAACACUAUUGAUGAAUGGAUGAACCGCAAUGAUGUGGCCAAACUUGAUGUAGCCCGUAAGUCAUUGACUUCUGAAAGCACGGAAAGCGAUAUCUUACAAGCACUCCAGUAUGUUGCUGAGAUAUGUCAGAGAAGUCGAUCCAGCAGGCACGUUGCGAGGAAAGAUGGCUUGAUAAGCAUGAUUGCUGCCUUUUUGAAGAAUAGCAGUGCGAAAGUACGGCAAAAAGCAUUAGAAACUCUUCGCUUUGUUGCAAAAGAUGACAAUGACAAUAAGAUUGAGAUUGCUGCUGGAGACAAUAUUCGCACAAUUGUGAAGUUCUUAUCUCAUGGACAAGUUCAGGAAAAAGAACAUGCUGUGUCUCUGUUAUAUGAACUUUCAGAAUAUAAGGAUCUUUUAGAAAAGAUUGGCAGUGUUUCUGGAGCUAUCCUUAUACUUGUUGGCUUGUCAAGCAGUAAAGUUGAAAACUUGUUGAUUGUUGAUAGAGCUGAGAAGACAUUGGAGAAUUUAGAGAACUGUGAAAAAAAUGUUAGACAGAUGGCUGAAAAUGGUAGAUUGCAACCCCUUCUUAGGCUUCUCCUUGAAGGUUCACUUGACACGCAAUUAUCUAUGGCUUCAUAUCUCGGGGAGCUUGUUUUAAGCAAUGAUAUUAAGGUUUUUGUGGCACAAACGGCAGGCUCCACCCUGGUCAAUAUUAUGAAAAAAGGGAAUAGGGAGGCCAGAGAAGCAGCUUUGAAGGCAUUAAACCAAAUUUCAUCUUAUGAUACCAGUGCAAAGAUACUAAUUGAAGCAGGUAUUCUUCCACCUCUCAUAACGGACCUCUUCACUGUUGGCAGUAAUCAGCUUCCGAUGAGAUUGAAGGAGGUCGCAGCAACCAUUCUUGCGAAUGUUGUAGCAUCGGGUGCACGUUUUGAGUCCAUUCCGCUUGAUCACAACAGGCAGACCUUGGUAUCUGAAGACAUUGUUCACAAUCUGCUUCAUCUCAUAAGCAACACAGGACCUGCAAUUGAGUGCAAGUUACUCCAGGUCCUUGUUGGUCUAACUGAUUCUUCUACAACUGUCCAAAACAUAGUUGAUGCCAUCAAAAGUUCAGGCGCCAUUGUCAGUUUGAUUCAGUUUGUUGAAGCACCUCAAAGAGAAGUUCGCUUGGCUUCCAUCAAGCUCUUGAAUAACAUAUCACCUUAUAUGGGUCAAGAACUGGCUGAUGCUUUUCGUGGAAAUUUUAGUCAACUUAGCAGCUUGAUCAGGGUCAUUGCUGACAACAAUGGUACUUCUGAAGAGCAAGCAGCAGCUGCUGGCCUUGUAGCCAAUCUUCCUCUGCGGGAUUCGGUCCUCACCAGACGUCUUCUUCAAGAUGGGGCCUUUGCUACAAUCAUUUCAAAAGUGAUGAGAAUCCGACAAGGGGAGAUUCACGGGGGGCGUUUCGUCAACCCUUUUCUUGAAGGUUUAGUUAGGAUAGUCUCGCGGAUCACAUUUGUCUUGGAUGAUGAUCCGGAUAUCAUUGCUGUUGCUCGUGAAUACAAUCUUGCUGCAGUCUUUACUGAUCUCCUUCAGAUGAAUGGUCUUGACACUGUUCAGAUUGUCUCUGCUACUGUACUAGAGAACCUCUCACAUCAGUCAAAGCAUCUAACAAAGAUACUACCAGCUCCCAACCCAGGGUUGUGUUUUUCGAUAUUCCCAUGCCUCAGUCAGAAGUCUGUAGCAACUGGGGUUUGCAGAGUUCAUUUUGGGAUAUGUUCUGCAAGGGAGAGCUUCUGUCUCUUGGAGGGGAAGGCAGUGGAGAAGUUGGUUGCUUGCUUGGAUAACAACAAUGAGAAAUUAGUUGAAGCUGCUCUAGCAGCACUAUCCACUUUGUUGGAGGAUGGAGUGGACAUUGACCAAGGUGUCAUGGUGCUGUGUGAUGCUGAAGGAAUCAACCCGAUUCUUGAGGUAUUGUGUGAGAACCGAAGCGAGGCACUAAGGCAGCGAGCGGUGUGGGCAGUGGAAAGGAUCUUGAGGAUGGAUGAAAUAGCUUAUGAGAUAUCAGGAAACCAAAAUGUUGGUACAGCCUUGGUUGAAGCUUUCAGGUAUGGUGACUACAGGACAAGACAAGUUGCAGAGCGAGCACUGAAGCAUGUAGAUAAGCUGCCCAAUUUCUCUGGGAUAUUUUCCAAGAUGGGAGCACAAUGACUAUGUUACACGAAAGUAGGCUAGUUCUAUUUGACACAUGAAUUGCAUAUCCUCUUCAGACGGAGAACAAUGCAGAUCUCGAAUAAUUGUGCAUGUGACAAAUCUGAGGCAGAUUGGUUUGCGUUCCCAGCUGAACCUUGCAGGUUUUGCUGACGGCUCCCUGAAUAGUUGUGGUAGCGAUCUGAUUGAUCAAAGGAGAAUUAAGGUAUUGCCCGUGUUGUAUAUUGGUGUAUAUUUCUACUCGUAAACUUGGUGUGUCUGUAUUUUCCACAUUGGUCAGAUUCACAGCAUAGCUUGCUAUUUUUCCUUGUUGUGUCUAGACAAUAAUAACGCAUAAGCCCCAGUUUUGGGUGGAAGGAAAAAAGAAGUAUUUCAUAAAAGAAAAUUUGCAGUUUUCAUCCAUUAUGUCUAUUGCUGAUCUAGCAUCUAUGAUAAGUUUGCUACAUUAAUACAUUUUGAUGAUUUUGCUUGUA